AUGGAUUCCUUCUUUCUUCGCUACGUGUUGUCGUCAUGGAACCAGUCGGAAUUUCAUUUUCCACUUGGAGAUGGCAAAUUCGACAUGCUGAAAUUGUUUCUUUUUCUUUUCCUUUCUCUCGUCGCGCUAUUCAUUUAUCUAGACUUUAUUCUGUUCUUCCAUUAUCUAACACACCCACCCGUCUCUUUCUUUUCAUUGUUGCUUUUUUUCACUUUGUCUUUCUUUUUUCUUUCUUUUUUUCACUUUGUGCCUCUUUUCUUUCUUACUAUUCACUUAGUCUGUUUCUUUUUUUUCACUUUGUGCCUCUCUGUUUCUUUUUUUUCACUUUUUGCCUCGUUCUUUCUUACUAUUUACUUAGUCUGUUUCUUUUUUUUUCCACUUUUUGCCUCUUUCUUUCUUACUAUUUACUUAGUCUGUUUCUUUUUUUUUCACUUUUUGCCUCUUUUCUUUCUUACUAUUUACUUAGUCUGUUUCUUUUAUUUUCACUUUUUGCCUCUUUUCUUUCUUACUAUUUACUUAGUCUGUUUCUUUUUUUUUCACUUUUUGCCUCUUUUCUUUCUUACUAUUUACUUAGUCUGUUUCUUUUUUUCACUUUUUGCCUCGUUCUUUCUUACUAUUUACUUAGUCAGUUUCUUUUUUUUUUCACUUUUUGCCUCUUUUCUUUCUUACUAUUUACUUAGUCUGUUUCUUUUUCUUCACUUUUUGCCUCUUUUCUUUCUUACUAUUUACUUAGUCUGUUUCUUUUUUUUCACUUUUUGUUUCUUUUUUUCUUUUGCCUCUUUCUUUCUUAUUUACUUAGUCUGUUUCUUUUUUUUCACUUUUGCCUCUUUCUUUCUUACUAUUUUUAGUCUGUUUCUUUUUUCACUUUUUGCCUCUUUCUUUCUUACUAUUUACUUAGUCUGUUUCUUUUUUUCACUUUUUGCCUCUUUCUUUCUUACUAUUUACUUAGUCUGUUUCCUUUUUUUCCCUUUUUGCCUCUUUCUUUCUUACUAUUUACUUAGUCUGUUUCUUUUUUUCCCUUUUUGCCUCUUUCUUUCUUACUAUUUACUUAGUCUGUUUCUUUUUCUUCACUAUAAAACAGUUUCUUCUUUUCAGUAUUUCCUUCUUUUCACUUUGUGUCUCUUUUGUUCUAACUUUUUGUUUUAUAUCUAUUUUUCUUUUUUCUCUUUUAUUUGUGUCGCUUUCUCCUUUCCACUUCCUGUAUCUUUCUUGUCUUUCUUUUUACUUUGUCCCUCUUUCUUUUUCCCGUCUCUUUCUUUUUACUAUGUCUCUCUUUCUUUUUCCCGUCUCUUUCUUUUUACUUUGUCUCUCUUUCUUUUUCCUGUCUUUUUCUUUUUCCUGUCUUUUUCUUUUUACUAUGUCUCUCUUUCUUUUUCCUGUCUCUUUCUUUUUAUUUUGUCUCUCUUUCUUUUUCUUGUCUCUUUCUUUUUACUUUGUCUCUCUUUCUUUUUCUUGUCUCUUUCUUUUUAUUUUGUCUCUCUUUCUUUUUCUUGUCUCUUUCUUUUUACUUUGUCUCUCUUUCUUUUUCUUGUCUCUUUCUUUUUACUUUGUCUCUCUUUCUUUUCCUGUCUCUUUCUUUUUCCUGUCUCCUUCUUUUUUCUUUGUCUCUCUUUCUUUUUCUUGUCUCUAUCUUUUUACUUUGUCUCUCUUUCUUUUUCUUGUCUCUUUCUUUUUCCUGUCUCUUUCUUUUUACUUUGUCCCUCUUUCUUUUUCCUUUGUCUCUCUUUCUUUUUCCUGUCUCUUUCUUUUUACUUUGUCUCUCUUUCUUUUUACUUUGUCUCUCUUUCUUUUUCCUGUCUCUUUCUUUUUACUUUGUCUCUCUUUCUUUUUACUUUGUCUCUCUUUCUUUUUCCUGUCUCUUUCUUUUUACUUUGUCUCUCUUUCUUUUUCUUGUCUCUUUCUUUUUACUUUGUCUCUCUUUCUUUUUCUUGUCUCUUUCUUUUUACUUUGUCUCUCUUUCUUUUCCUGUCUCUUUCUUUUUCCUGUCUCCUUCUUUUUUCUUUGUCUCUCUUUCUUUUUCUUGUCUCUAUCUUUUUACUUUGUCUCUCUUUCUUUUUCUUGUCUCUUUCUUUUUCCUGUCUCUUUUUUUUACUUUGUCCCUCUUUCUUUUUUCUUUGUCUCUCUUUCUUUUUUCCUGUCUCUUUCUUUUUACUUUGUCUCUCUUUCUUUUACUUUGUCUCUCUUUCUUUUUCCUGUCUCUUUCUUUUUACUUUGUCUCUCUUUCUUUUUACUUUGUCUCUCUUUCUUUUUCCUGUCUCUUUCUUUUUACUUUGUCUCUCUUUCUUUUUCCUGUCUCUUUCUUUUUCCUGUCUCUUUCUUUUUACUUUGUCUCUCUUUCUUUUUCUUGUCUCUUUCUUUUUGCUUUGUCUCUCUUUCUUUUCCUGUCUCUUUCUUUUUCCUGUCUCCUUCUUUUUACUUUGUCUCUCUUUCUUUUCCCUGUCUCUUUCUUUUUCCCGUCUCUUUCUUUUUACUUUGUCUCUCUUUCUUUUCCCUGUCUCUUUCUUUUUCCUUUGUCUCUUUCUUUUUACUUUGUCUCUCUUUCUUUUUACUUUGUCUCUCUUUCUUUUUCCUGUCUCUUUCUUUUUCCUGUCUCUUUCUUUUUCCUGUCUUUUUCUUUUUCCUGUCUUUUUCUUUUUACUAUGUCUCUCUUUCUUUUUACUUUGUCUCUUUCUUUUUACUUUGUCUCUUUCUUUUUACUUUGUCUCUCUUUCUUUUUCCUGUCUCUUUCUUUUUCCCGUCUCUUUCUUUUUCCUGUCUCUUUCUUUUUCCCGUCUCUUUCUUUUUCCUGUCUUUUUCUUUUUCCUGUCUCUUUCUUUUUACUUUGUCUCUCUUUCUUUUUAUUUGUCUCUCUUUCUUUUUCUUGUCUCUUUCUUUUUACUUUGUCUCUCUUUCUUUUUCCCGUCUCUUUCUUUUUCCUGUCUCCUUCUUUUUACUUUGCCUCUCUUUCUUUUUCCUGUCUUUUUCUUUUUCUUGUGUCUUUCUUUUUACUUUGUCUCUCUUUCUUUUUCCUGUCUCUUUCUUUUCCCUGUCUCUUUCUUUUUACUUUGUCUCUCUUUCUUUUUCCCGUCUCUUUCUUUUUACUUUGUCUCUCUUUCUUUUUACUUUGUCUCUCUUUCUUUUUCCUGUCUCUUUCUUUUUCCUGUCUCUUUUUUUUUACUUUGUCCCUCUUUCUUUUUCCUUUGUCUCUCUUUCUUUUUCCUGUCUUUUUCUUUUUACUUUGUCUCUCUUUCUUUUUACUUUGUCUCUCUUUCUUUUUCCUGUCUCUUUCUUUUUACUUUGUCUCUCUUUCUUUUUCUUGUCUCUAUCUUUUUCCUGUCUCUUUCUUUUUACUUUGUCUCUCUUUCUUUUUCCUGUCUCUUUCUUUUUACUUUGUCUCUCUUUCUUUUUCCUGUCUCUUUCUUUUUACUUUGUCUCUCUUUCUUUUUCCUGUCUCUUUCUUUUUACUUUGUCUCUCUUUCUUUUUCCUGUCUCUUUCUUUUUCCUGUCUCUUUCUUUUUACUUUGUCUCUCUUUCUUUUUCUUGCCUCUUUCUUUUUCCUGUCUCUUUCUUUUUACUUUGUCCCUCUUUCUUUUUCCUGUCUCUUUCUUUUUCCUGUCUCCUUCUUUUUACUUUGUCUCUCUUUCUUUCUUAUUUUUCAUGUUAUGUUUCUUUCUUUUCACUAUCUAUCGGUUUCAUUCUUUUUACUGUCUCUUUACUUGUACUUUCCAUCUCAUGCUUCUUUCUUUCCUUCAUUUUUUCUUUUUAAUUUGUGCCUCUUUCUUUCCUAUCUCUUUUUAUCUUUCUUGUUACUUUGUGUCUCUUAUUUUAUUUUGUGUUUCUUUUGUUUUUACUUUUCAUUUUGCGCCUCUCUCUUUUCCAUAUUUCUUUUUUCAUUUAUCUCUCUCUCUCUCUCUCUCUCUCUCUCUCUCUCUCUCUUUCUUUCUUUCUUUUGACCUUAUGUCACUUUCGUUCUUUUUUUGCACUUUGUGUCCCUUUUCACUUUGUACGUCUUCUUUGUUUUUUCUUUCUUUCGUUAUAUUUCCUAGUUUUUCUCCAUCUUAUUACCCUAGGUCGAUACAUUUUUCUGCUGCUAGAACAAACGGUUGCAUUAAUCAUUACAUCAUCAUUAUUAUUUUACUAGUCUACCCGUGCCGUCAAAAAUGA